UGUGCCUAAUUUUCUGCUAUAUCCAUGAACGUCUAGUCGUUGCUAUGGGGCGGCCUGGAAAACAUUACCCUUUAGAGGCGGCAGCUUGGCAUGCUUAGCAUCAGUAUAGGUAACUCUGCUGCAAUUCUGAUACACUGCAUGCGGGGGAAGUAUUAGGGCCAGCAGCCAGCAGUCCGAACUAUGCGACGCGCGUCGCCUUCGCGGGAGCCUGGGGACGGCCUGGAGUGCCCAGCAUCCACCAAGGCUCCCCCGAGGAUACCAGUGGGACCCCUCAGAACAGCACAGGCGCCAUCCAACAAGCGACAGGCCACAUCGAUAGCAGAUAAUGAUCACCACGGUGGAAGUCCUUUAUUUUCUCGUGAUAUCGACCAGCUCCGGGGUUUCCUGGGGUCGCCUCUACCGCCGUUGCACAGCCCUCCGCUGUUCCAUAACUCUCCUCGCCGCACAGCGGUCACUUCUCCUGCAAAGCUUACACAUCAGCGAUCUACCGGCGCUGACGGGUUCGAUCCGCUUAUCCAGUCAUCGUCACCGGCAUUGUCGAAAAUGUUGCUAAGCCCCAACGCGUUGGGCUCCAAUAACCUUCUCGAUACGCCAACUAAUAGGGGUGUACAUAUGCGAUCAGACAUGUUUACACCUACAGCUCGAAGAUCGCUUCCGCUAGAACAGCUGUUGACGUUUACAUUUCUAUCAGACGAAGGACGGCACCACGGGGAGCUACCAACGCGCCAGCAGCAACCGGACCAAAACUCCCCACGAAAUGCAAGAAAUGGGGCAGACGGCAGCGCCAACGGCAGCAUUGGUGCCGGAGGCGUGGCCAGGGCCGGAGACAAGGCAGACGACAUCACCACCAACACAGCCGGCGGCUCACAGCAGCCCAGCGCUGUUGUUGCCGAUUCCCACGCCCGUGGCCCCGCGGCCGCUGCGCGUAGGUUGAAGUUAGAGUCACUUCAGGGGAGCGGUAACCUAAACGGCGGUGUUCUCGGCCCAUCCCAGGGCUUCGGGCAAGGACUAACGUCAACGGCAGCAGCAGGCGGGGGCCUUGUGGGGGCCCUUGCAACAACCGCUGGGCCCUCGCAAUUCCUCAUCAAAGACAUGCUACUUCCGCUGGGCGACGGCAGUACGGAAGCGUCAGCUGGAUCGGCGGCGACGGGACGCCCUGGCUCGCAUUGGCCGCCGCCGUCGCUUUCCCUUGAACCACCCCUGCCUCUGCGAGGCCUUGACCCCGCCUGGGACAGAGGAUCGCUUUGGCGGCAAACCGGCGGCGGCAGCAGCGGGAGCCUACCUGCAACAUUGCAGACGCGACAGCAGCAGCAACCCCACUGCCAUCAGAUGGUGCCGACACCGACGCCGCUUGGCAGUAGCAGCCCAGGAGGGCAACCGCCUCUCCAGCAGCAGCGUUGGACACAAGAGCAACAGCCACCACAACAGCAGCAGCGGCUGCUAGCAGGAGGAGGAGACGUGUGCGGUGUCAGCAUCAAGACCGAGCAUGUUGACGCUAACAGCGGACCGACCCAGGGGUCCUCAAACCCUUCCUCGCCACCUAACCCCACGGAGGAGCAGCAGAUGCUGCCAUCGGCGUUUGCUACUAUGAGUACGCUAGUGCCUUCGCCUGAGGAUACGACGGCUGCAGUAGUGUCUUCAGCUCACAAGCAGACGGCAACAAAUCACUCGAAAGACGCCAACGCCUCCUCCGCCGGAUCUACUGCCGCCGCUACCGCCAACGCCCCUGCUCCUCCCGCCACUACUACGGCUGGCGCUACCACAGCUACCGAGACUGCUGCAGCUAACGACGCGGCUCAACCUCAGCACCGCAACCAGAGCAACACCAACAACAGCGGUAACGCCAUUCCCGAGCUUCCCUUCACCGACUCGAUCAACGGCAUGUUGCUUCAAGACCUGAUGCCGCUGCUGCCUCGUGGCUUUAGCAGCCUGGGCGGCGGCAGCAGUCUGGGAGGUGCAGACCUUUUGGAUGGGGCGCUGCUGCUAGGAGGUGGCGGCUUGAGCUGCGGCAUGGCGAGUGUCUUGGACUGCGAGGACGUCAGUGCACACGAGCGCGGACAGGAGCAUACGAAGGGCUGCGACGACGGCAGCGGCAAGAGCAGGAACAUGGGCGUGGACCAAGGAGGAGCGCCCCAGGUCCGGCAGCAGCAGCACGACCGCUCUUUGUUGUUGUCUUCGUUGUCGCAGCAGGGCAACCAGGAGGCCCAGGAUGACCGGAUCAACCCUCAUGUACAUAACGGUAGCGAGGGGCUGAUCCUGCCGCCGCCGCUACCGCUUGAGCUCAUUCCGUCUGUCGGCGGCGGAGGCCUGGAUGGUGGCAACGGCGGUAACGGCCGGUCGUUAAGGUCGUUUCCGAGCAUGGCGGCCAUGCCAGGCGGAGGCUCGACCGGAAUGCUGUUGGGGGAUUUGCUGAUGAUACCGACGACUGACCAACAGACAGCCAUACAUUCACAACAGCAGCAAGUGAGAUUGCCUGCCGCGGCUGGUCGGGGUGGAACCGCGGGCCUUAACAACGGGGGC